AUGACUUCCAAAGAGACAACGGCCAGUCAGCCGCAGCCGCAAGAAAAGGCUGCGGGGACUCCCGGCCCCGCAUCAGACCCCACGGCGGCGUCGGCGGCGCCGUCAUCGUCGGUCCCUGUGCCUGAGCAAACCAGCGCUAGCGGGCAAGCCAGGGAUGUCCCGGCUCCUCAGCAAGCAACCGCGUCCGCGUCAGGACAGACUGGCACGGUCGGUGGUGCAGGAUCCAGCAGUGUUGCAGCCCCGGAGCCAGCAGCACCCCUCGCGGCCGCGGACGACAAUGCAGACCCAGGAGAUGUGCUGGAAGCUGAUGAUGUUGUGCGCGAUGAUGAUUCGGCCCUCGACGUGGCUUCCUUUGGUGGAGAGAGCGCUUCUCUGGCAUCGAGCAUCUUGAAAUACCGCGUUGAAAACGGGCGAACAUAUCAUGCGUACAAAGCAGGGUACCUGCAGCAUUUCCUUUGUUUCCUGACUCUGGAUGAUCAAUUGUAUAUCUGCCCAGCGGGCAGGGACGGUAAACAGAUUGGCAGGGUGCUAGAUGCUGGUUGUGGAACUGGAUGUUGGGCUUUGGACUUUGCCGACGAGCAUCCGGAAUCCGAGGUUAUUGGCGUUGACCUGAGCCCGAUCCAACCGUCCUUUGGGGGCCUUGCCGAAAGCGUACCGCCGAACGUGACGUUUUACGUCGACGAUAUCGAGGCCGAGUGGACCUUCAGCCAGCCCUUCGACUUCAUCUACAUGCGCAUGCUGUCGGCCUCUAUCGCCGACUGGCCCAAGCUGAUCGAUCAGGUCUAUAACAACCUUUCACCUGGCGGCUGGGUUGAGUUCCUGGACCCCAUCUACCCUGUAGACUGCGACGACGGAACGCUUCCCAAGGAUGGGGCGUUGUACAAGUGGUCACUCCUCCUCAACGAGGCGGCGACAAAGCUCGGAAGUUCGCUCGACUCGGGUCUCACGUACAAGCAGAUGCUCUUGGAUAGGGGCUUCAGCAACGUACGCCAGGUCACGUACAAGUGGCCUAUCAGCGACUGGGCGGCAGACGCCAAGCAUAAGAAGAUUGGGCUCUACACUCACGAGAACAUCAUGCAGGGGCUUCAGGCUCUCAGCUUGGCUCUUUACACGAGGGCGCUCCACUGGACUCCUGAGGAGCUCGAGGUGUUCCUGGUCGACGUGAGGAGGGAUCUGAAGAACCGAAACAUCCAUGCAUACUGGAGAAUAGUUGUUACAUAUGGCCAGAGGCCAGAGUAA